CCUAUGUCCGACGAGCGAUGGGAUUGUCCAGCUCCAGCGAGGAGGACCUGACCAGGUACGAACCCUGUUCUAGACCCCAACCCUGGGUCCCUCACAGGUUUGAGUUUGACCUUUGCUAUGAUAAAGCUUGUUUUUUCCAGGUUUCACCCGGCUGAGCCUCGGCGAUUGCUCGCGUCGACUGAUCCCCACCCCGCAAUCGACCAACGUCAACAUUUUUCACCGAAUUUACAGAGUAGGGGGGAACGUGAUGAUGAUGUCUAAAGUCUUGAUGGCCGUCUUUUAUUGGUUGAUUAUAAAUAGCCGCCGCAACGGUGCCAAACAAGCAAUUGUGUUUCCGACCCUUCCGACGAUCCAAACCCUCCUGAUAACGCGGCCUUAUUCUGCCCCGUGCCUUCAAUCGUGGGGCGCAACUUCGCAGCCCGUCAACGGCGCGUUGCCGCCACUUCGGAGACUUAUUUCUUGGAGAGAACUCGGCAUUUGACUCCAUCCCCUGAAAAGCUCCAGCCCUGUUCGUCAGGACACGAGUAGAAAAAUCUUGGCACCUGCCGAGUGGGGCGGGCGAAACGGCUGGCAGGUGGAUCAUCUUCCCAUACGUCAUGGCGAUGGCAUUCUGGUGUUUGCGAUGGGCUUCGUGGGCUUGACGGACGGUCGCUAUAUAGAGACAGCGUUGGCUGUUGAGUUUGCAAAGGAGCAAUAGAUCAGCUCUUUCCGUCCUUAAUAACUAAUCGCAUCUCAAUUCCCCUGCAUCGAGCAUAAUGACGGUUCCUAGCGCGGAUAGCUUCGAUUUUGUGGUUGUCGGCGGAGGUACUGCUGGUAAUGUGGUGGCCGGUCGCCUGGCCGAGAACCCCAAAGUCCGGGUCUUGGUCAUCGAAGCGGGUAUCGC